AAAAAUCAUUAAUUCCCAAAAGAACUCAUUCGUUAAUCGUUACCAGAGCGCGCCGGAACGCUCACGCCUCCCGCACUCUCACCGUCGCACACAAUGUCUCCUCCCUCCGAUGACGACCAAGACCAGUUUUCCGUCGACGAAGAAGAAGAAGACGAUGACCUUUUCGAAGCGGACAUGGAAGCCCUACGGCGGGCCUGUAUGCUCACCGGCACUAGCCCCGACGACCUCAAAAACGACGGCGGCGGCGGCAACGACGACGAACGCCAAGCUUCUGCCGACUCAGAGUCCGACUCCGACGCCGACGACGAUGACCUCGAGUUGCUCCGCCAAAUAAGGAGCCGGUUCUCAAAUUCGUCCGACGCGUGCGAGCCUUUGUCUCUGAAGCCCUUGUGUACUUUGCCGCCUGAUGCCUCCGGCGACGAGGAGGACGAUUACCAGACGCUCCUCGCCAUUAAGAAACGUUUCUCAGCCUACGGGAACGAUACUCUAGAAAAUGAUACGAAACAGGUUGGUUCCUGUUGCAAAUCGGUGAAGGAAACUUGCGAUGAAAUUUCUGCUAUCAGAAAUGAUGCUCUUGAAAGGUUUCCAGAUCCUGAAGAUGCUGAUCUGGCCACCAAUCCACUGAGUGAUAAUGCAGAGGGACAGUCUUCUGCGUUGAUUGUGUGGAAUCAGUCAGAUUCUUGCAGCACGUCCAUGUUGCCACGCAAAGACUCGAGCUUCCCAAAGGCUGCUCAGGUGUUUAUGGAUGCCAUUAAGAAGAAUAGGGCCAGUCAGAAGUUUAUCCGGAAUAAGUUGAUCCAAAUUGAAGCAAAAAUUGAGGAGAACAGAAAACUGAAGGAACGUGUUAAAAUCCUUAAAGACUUUCAGGUUUCUUGCAAAAGACGAACUUGGGAAUCAUUGUCCCAAAAGAAGGAUCCUCGUGUCCAGUUAAUUUUACCGAAAGGGCCAAGGGAUUCCAGGGAUUCAAAGGUUCAUGACAAAAAGAUCUCAGCUUUGUUAUAUGGCCCAGAAGAGAACUCUCAUGUCGCUAAUUACAGAAUGACGAUGAAAAAAUAUCUGGACUCAUUAUAUCGAAAAAAAUGGUCAAAGGUAGAAAGGGAAGCCCUUGAAAAGGGUAUAAAGCAACAAUUUCAAGAAAUGGUGCUCCAAUCUUCUGUUGAUGAAUCAAGUUUUUCCGAGAGACCUUGUGGAGAAUCUAAUCAUAUUGAUGACAUUUUGGCUUCAAUCAAAAGUCUUGAAAUUACCCCAGAAAUGAUCAGAGAGUUCCUGCCUAAGGUUAAAUGGGAACAGUUGGCUUCCAUGUAUCUCCCGGGUCGUUCUGGUGCAGAAUGUGAAACAAGGUGGUUGAACUGGGAGGAUCCUUUAAUCAAUCGUAAAUCAUGGACUGCAAAGGAGGACAAGAAUCUUCUGUAUUUUGUCCAGGAGAAAGGGAUCAAUAAUUGGUUUGAUAUUGCAGUGUCAUUGGGGACAAACAGGACUCCUUUCCAGUGCUUGGCACGGUAUCAAAGGAGCCUAAACGCUUCCAUACUUAAACGGGAGUGGACCAAGGAUGAGGAUGCAAAGCUUCGCUCUGCUGUAGAAACUUUGGGUGAGGGUAAUUGGCAGGCUGUAGCUUCUGCAUUGGGAGGACGAGCUGGCACCCAGUGCUCUAAUAGAUGGAAGAAAUCUCUUCACCCAACCAAGAAAAGAGAAGGUAGGUGGACUCCAGAGGAAGACAAACGUCUGAAAGUAGCUCAAAUGCUUUUUGGACCAAAAAAUUGGAAUAAAACAGCUCAAUUUGUGCCAGGUCGAACUCAGUCACAGUGUAGAGAUAGAUAUGUCAACUCUUUAGAACCGUCUUUGAACUAUGGUGAAUGGACUGAAGAAGAGGACUCAAGAUUGAGAGCAGCAAUCGAGGAACACGGAUAUUGCUGGUCCAAAGUUGCUGCAUGUGUGCCUCGACGUACUGAUAAUAUGUGCUGGAGGAGAUGUAAGGUUUUAUAUCCAGAAGAAGUGCUCUUGCUCAAAGAACAGAAGAAAAUCAAGAAGGUUGCUCUUAUGUGCAACUUUGUUGAUCGGGAGGAAGAGCGUCCAGCCCUUGGCCCCAAUGAUUUUCUUCCAGCGAUUGAUACUACAACCAAAACUCUAACUUAUCCUAAGAAGCAGAAUGGAAAAUUAAGCAAAGUUCCGAACAAGACUAGACCCAGGAGGAAUAAAAACAAUAGUGAAAGUUGUUCAGAUGCUCAUGGGAUAGAUAAUUCUCAUCAAGUUGAGACAUCCAACGGACAUGAUGUGCCUAAUAAGAAGAAUAAUGUUCGUAAACAGCGGCGUAGAAGGCGCAAAAGUACUGAGCCAACAGGAGAGGGUCAGGUUAUUGUACCUGUUCCUGAUGAGCACGUUACACACAAAGAAGAACAGAGGGAAACGUCUUGUUCUGAUCAGAUUGUCGGAACAUCAGAUGGAGAUGAUACUACACUUGCUGUCUUUCAACGCAAUAAAUCAAAGAAGAGAAAUCUUGGGCCUCCCUCAAAUGAUACGAGAAAGAAGAGAAAGCUUGUAGUUUCUGAUUGUUCUGUUCAAGAUUCCCCCGCCAACAAUAUCCAGAAGGGAGCUGGAUCGCAUCCUGAAGCAGCCAUCAUGGUUUGCGAAAGUGAGCAAGGUGGACUUAAGUUAGACAGCGAGCCGAAUGUUGCCUUCCAAGAACCUGUGAUCAAAGUGGCGGGCGUUAGUCCAAAAAGUGAUCAUGAUGCUGAUGAUAUUCUUGCUUCCUUGGGGAAAAAGAAAUCAAAGAAGAGGCGCCCUCAAACUUCCAAAAGAAGUCCUCAAGCUUGCCCUCCUUCAAGUGCGACGAUGAAAUCAGAAUCGCUUCCAAAAGGAGUUGGUCUAGGAAAAGGAGAGGGGCUUGAUCACUGUGAACCUGUGAGCGAAACAGGGAACAAUCGUGCCGAAGGUGAUCAUGAGGAUGGUGAUAUGACACUAGCUUGCUUUCUGCGAAACAAAUCGAAGAGGCGGCGUCAAUGUGGUUAAGCAUAUAUCUUGAGUCACUAGCAGCUGUCUCAAACUUCUUCAACUGUUGCAGACUUUGAUGUGUGGAGGUAAAGUCUACGACUAGGGCGCUUAUACAUUGACUGCUUUUUCAUCACAAUUCGUUCGGAGUUUUUGUGAGAUUCAUUUUGUUCGACAAGUUUUGUGAGAUGUGCACAGGUGUUUUGCUGCGUUGAGCGACCAAUUUUGAUGAAUUCUUACAACUGUAUAGUAUUUUUUUAUUGAAAUUUGAUUUUCUGCA